AUGUGGAAAAGGACGGCGGGCUCGAGCUCGAACUUGUCGCACUUCAGAACAUCGCAUCACUUGAAUCACUCUACAUUGGUGGAAACUAGACACAGAGCCGGAAGGAUGUUGGUGGGGGUAUGGGAAUCCACAUUCGGCAGCUUCGAUAAUAGCUAUGCCGGCGGCGAGAAAAUGAAUGGCGGAAAACACAGAGCAAGAGGGAAUAAGGAAGCCCCCCAUUUUCCUCCCACGCCGAUUGAAGUAGGUGGCGCAGUUUCAUUCAGCCAACGAUGCCGACAGAAGGGCAAGGGCAAGGGCAAGAGCAAGGGCAAGAGCAAGGGCGGAGAGAGAGGUCGAGUGGCAGUUCGAGCCGCGCAGGGUUGA